AUGAUCAAUUCAUUCCCGUAUAAUGAUGUCAGAAAAAGAGCAGACAAUGUUGGUAAAUUCACUCAAUGUGCUGGUAAUUUUCCCAUCACUAUUAUCAAAGAUACAUACACUCCAGCAAUAUUCGUACCCGACCAAAAGAUCACCGAACACAUUAUAUGGGAUAGCACUGUCGAAAUUUUACCAACAACCAUCUUUACCGUGACUGUCACUCGACUUGAUGGCACAUUGAUACUUUCACAUCAACAUACUUAUUGUACAAGUCCGCAUAAACCCCUUAAUAAAAAAUGUCCAAUUCCAGCAGGAUACCUCGACUUUGAAUCUCAAUAUGUGAUCCCUAGUACUCCUGACCAACCUAAGGCUCGAACCGUCGAGUUUUUCGUAAACAUGACCCAGGGCAAGCCCUCCAUAAAAUUUCCUUAA